AUGUCCGUCUCAAAAGAUGACCUGAGGGCGAAAUUUGCCUCCGCGCUUUCAAACAUGUAUCGGAAUGAAGUUCCACAAUACGGUACACUUUUGGAUCUUGUAUCUGAUAUCAACAAUCGCGAUUCCAAGGAAAUAAGUGACCCAGUUCAGCGACGGAUGGAGGUCGAGCGUCAUGGUGCCAUCCGUUUGGGCAAACCCGAAGAACUAGCUACCAUGCGACGGCUUUUCGCGCUAAUGGGGAUGCAGCCCGUUGGCUACUAUGAUCUGACAGCAGCUGGGCUUCCGGUGCAUGCAACCUGCUUUCGAUCUGUCUCACCCAUUAGUCUCUCCAAAAACCCUUUUCGGGUCUUCACAUCAUUGUUGCGCAUGGACAUGAUCACCGAUGAGGCGAUUCGUUUUCGUGCUGAGAACAUUCUUAGUGGCCGAAAAAUAUUCACAUCACGCUGUUUGGACUUAAUCAAAGAGUUAGAACACCAGGAUAGCUACUCAAGCGAAAAGGCCAAGCAACUGCUUCAAGAGGCACUUGAAACUUUCCGUUGGCACAAGUCAACAGCAGUGGACAGCGACACCUACCAGACUUUCCAAGACGCCCACCCACUAGUUGCAGAUAUUGUUUGCUUCCGCGGUCCACAUAUCAACCAUUUGACUCCCCGUGUGAGGGAUAUCGAGGCCGCCCAAGUCGAAAUGCGACGACGUGGACUCUGUCCCAAAGAUAACAUUGAGGGACCUCCCCUAAUGAAAUGGCCAAUACUUCUCCGUCAGACCAGUUUCCUAGCUCUGGAAGAAAAUAUCAACUUUUCCGAUGGAAGCGAGACUAACGGAAAGCACAAAGCCCGAUUUGGAGAAAUUGAGCAAAGAGGAAUGGCAUUGACGCCAAAGGGUCGUCGCCUUUACGACCAGUUGAUGGAACAUUUUAACAAGAGGCUUGGCGAUAUGUCAUCUGAAGAGAAGGCCACCUCCGAAUUUGCUAGCAACCUUCUACAUCAACAAUUCUCCGACUUCCCGGAUAAUUUGGAAACCAUUUGUCGUGAAGGACUAGCUUACUUCCACUAUCAUGUUGCCAAUCCUCAAACUGCUGCCGAAACGAGGGGUGAUAUCGACGCUCUGAUUCGAAAUGGCACUAUUGGAAUUGAGCCCAUCACUUACGAAGAUUUCUUGCCUAUCAGUGCGGCUGGAAUUUUCCGCUCCAAUAUCGGCUCAGCGUGCGCUAAGAGCCAGAAUACCGGCAAUGCGGAUAAAGACGCCUUCGAACGAGGACUUGGGUGCCACGUUCAAAAUGAAUUCCAGCUUUACGAGGAAAUCCAAAAAGAAAGUCUUGCAAAAUGCUUGGAGGAACUAAGAAUUAUGCCCUCGGCUGUUUAA